AUGACCAUGACUGCCAACAAGAAUUCCAGCAUCACCCACGGAGCUGGAGGCACUAAGGCCCCUCGGGGGACUCUGAGCAGGUCUCAGUCAGUCUCUCCACCUCCAGUUCUCUCCCCACCAAGGAGUCCCAUCUACCCAUUCAGUGAUAGUGAAACGUCAGCCUGCAGGUACCCAAGCCGCUCCAGCUCCCGGCUGCUCCUCAAGGACUGGCACCCCCGUGAUCUUUCACCCCCAAAUCCUCAAGCUCACUCCCCAGACACUUCACCACCCAUCUGUCCUCUCAAGGCCACCAACUUCAGUUAUUUGGACAGAAGCCCUUCAGUGUGCAAGAGAGAGGACCAGAAGGAGAAUGUCCAAGGGGCAGCCCAGGAUGUAGAGGGAGUAGCUGCUUGCCUCCCCCUCGCCCAGAGCACCCCAUCCCUGGGGCCGGGAACCGGCUCACGGAGCUCCUUUCUGAACCGCACUGGCAACCGUGCCCAUAGCCUGGGCAUCCGGGAGAAGAUCUCAGCAUGGGAGGGUCGCCGAGAGGCUUCGCCCAGGAUGAGCAUGUGUGGGGAGAAGCGGGAGGGCUCUGGGGGCGAGUGGGCGGUCAGUGAAGGCUGUCCCAGCGUGGCGCCAUCCCCCUGCAGCUCAGAAAAAACCUUCGAUUUCAAGGGCCUCCGGAGGAUGAGCAGGACCUUCUCAGAGUGUUCCUACCCUGAGACCGAGGAGGAGGGAGAGGCGCUCCCUGUCCGGGACUCUUUCUACCGGCUAGAGAGACGGGCAGGCCGGAGUGAGCCCAGUGCCUUCCUCAGGGGGCAUGGCAGUAGGAAAGAGAGCUCAGCAGUGCUGAGUCGGAUCCAGAAAAUUGAACAGGCCCUGAAGGAGCAGCCAGGCCGGGGACUCCCCCAGCUCCCCAGCAGCUGCUACAGUGUAGACCGAGGGAAAAGGAAGACUGGGACCUUGGGAAUCUUGGAGGAACUGACAGGGAGCACGAGUGUGAGCACUGGCAACCGGGCAGGAGGAGUGGCUGGAGUUGGGGGGGAGGCAGGCCCACCCCUGGAGAGAGAAGGCAGUGGCUCCACUAAGCCAGGGACCCCGGGAAAUAGCCUGAGCUCCCAGCUGCUGCCAUCAAAGAGCUCCCUUGAUCCCGCUGUGAACCCUGUUCCCAAACCCAAGCGCACCUUUGAAUAUGAGGCUGACAAGAAUCCCAAGAGUAAGCCAAGCAAUGGUCUACCUCCUUCGCCCACACCUGCUGCUCCACCCCCCCUGCCCUCCACCCCAGCCCCACCAGUCACCCGGAGACCCAAGAAGGACACGCGUGGUCACCGCAAGUCCCAGAGCAGAAAAUCCUUUGAGUUUGAGGAUGCAUCCAGUCUCCAGUCCCUGUACCCCUCUUCUCCCACUGAGAAUGGUACUGAGAGCCAACCCAAGUUUGGAUCCAAAAGCACUUUAGAAGAAAAUGCCUAUGAAGAUAUUGUGGGAGAUCUACCCAAGGAGAAUCCAUACGAGGAUGUGGACUUAAAGAGCCGAAGAGCAGGACGAAAAUCCCAGCAACUGUCUGAAAACUCCUUGGACUCUUUGCACAGGAUGUGGGGUCCUCAGGACAGGAAGUACAACAACCCACCCACUCAGCUGUCCCUGAAACCCAACAGCCAGUCCCUGCGCAGUGGGAACUGGUCAGAAAGGAAGAGCCACCGGCUGCCACGAUUACCGAAAAGGCACAGCCAUGACGACAUGCUGCUGCUAGCUCAGCUGAGCCUGCCGUCUUCACCCUCUAGCCUUAAUGAGGACAGCCUCAGCACCACAAGUGAGCUGCUGUCCAGCCGAAGGGCCCGCCGCAUUCCCAAGCUUGUCCAAAGAAUUAACUCCAUCUACAACGCCAAGAGGGGAAAGAAGAGGUUAAAAAAGCUGUCUAUGUCCAGCAUUGAGACAGCAUCACUGAGAGAUGAGAAUAGUGAGAGCGAGAGCGACUCUGACGACAGGUUCAAAGCCCACACACAGCGCCUAGUCCACAUCCAGUCGAUGCUGAAGCGUGCGCCCAGCUAUCGGACCCUGGAGCUGGAACUGCUCGAGUGGCAAGAGCGGGAGCUUUUUGAGUACUUUGUGGUGGUGUCCCUCAAGAAGAAGCCAUCUCGAAACACCUACCUCCCUGAAGUCUCCUACCAGUUUCCCAAGCUGGACCGACCCACCAAGCAGAUGCGGGAGGCAGAGGAGAGGCUCAAGGCCAUUCCCCAGUUUUGUUUCCCUGAUGCCAAGGACUGGCUUCCUGUGUCAGAGUAUAGCAGUGAGACUUUCUCUUUCAUGCUGACUGGGGAAGAUGGCAGCAGACGCUUUGGCUACUGCAGGCGCUUACUGCCAAGUGGGAAAGGGCCUCGGCUGCCAGAAGUAUACUGUGUCAUCAGCCGCCUUGGCUGCUUCGGCUUGUUUUCCAAGGUCCUCGAUGAGGUGGAGCGCCGGCGUGGGAUCUCUGCCGCCUUGGUCUAUCCCUUCAUGAGAAGUCUCAUGGAGUCGCCCUUCCCUGCCCCGGGGAAGACCAUCAAAGUGAAGACAUUUCUUCCAGGUGCUGGCAAUGAGGUGUUAGAGCUGCGGCGGCCCAUGGACUCCCGGCUGGAGCAUGUGGACUUUGAGUGCCUCUUCACCUGUCUCAGUGUGCGCCAGCUCAUCCGAAUCUUUGCCUCGCUGCUGCUGGAGCGUCGGGUCAUUUUUGUGGCAGAUAAGCUCAGUACCCUCUCCAGCUGCUCCCAUGCUGUGGUGGCCUUGCUCUACCCCUUCUCCUGGCAGCACACCUUCAUUCCUGUCCUUCCGGCCUCCAUGAUUGACAUCGUCUGCUGUCCCACACCCUUCCUGGUUGGCCUGCUCUCCAGUUCCCUCCCCAAACUAAAGGAGCUGCCUGUGGAGGAGGCACUGAUGGUGAAUCUGGGAUCUGACCGAUUCAUCCGACAGAUGGAUGAUGAGGACACGCUGUUACCGAGGAAGUUACAGGCGGCUCUGGAGCAGGCUCUAGAGAGGAAGAACGAACUGAUCUCCCAGGACUCUGACAGUGACUCUGAUGAUGAAUGUAAUACCCUCAAUGGGCUGGUGUCAGAGGUGUUUAUCCGGUUCUUUGUGGAGACUGUUGGGCACUACUCCCUCUUCCUGACCCAGAGUGAGAAGGGGGAGAGGGCCUUUCAGCGAGAAGCCUUCCGCAAGUCUGUGGCCUCCAAGAGCAUCCGCCGUUUUCUGGAGGUUUUUAUGGAGUCUCAGAUGUUUGCUGGCUUCAUCCAAGACAGGGAGCUAAGAAAGUGUCGUGCAAAGGGCCUCUUUGAGCAGCGAGUGGAGCAGUAUUUAGAGGAACUCCCAGACACUGAACAGAGUGGGAUGAAUAAGUUUCUCCGAGGUUUGGGCAACAAAAUGAAGUUCCUCCACAAGAAGAAUUAA